CGCUGCUCAAUCCACCAAUGGGAGGAGGGGAGGCUUUUUUGAACGGUGAAAAGCGGUUUCACGAACAUUCGAGAGGGAAACAGCGACGCGAACACUUUGCUCUUUUUGGAAGGCAAAUAUUGGAAUAAUCUUCACAUUUCUGAUUGCAUCAUGUCACACAAACAGAUCUACUAUUCUGACAAAUACGACGAUGACAAAUACGAGUACAGGCAUGUUAUGUUGCCAAAAGAUAUUGCCAAACGUGUCCCCAAAACUCAUCUAAUGUCUGAAUCUGAGUGGAGGAACCUGGGUGUGCAGCAAAGCCAGGGAUGGGUUCACUAUAUGAUCCACCAACCAGAACCCCACAUCCUGCUCUUUCGACGCCCCCUUUCCACUCAGAAGUAAAGAUCAAAUGGGUCCAUGAUCGUCCCAAAUCUCAGGAUCUCAUCAUGCUGCAAGACCCUGACACGGACUGAUCCUGGACCUUAAAGUGAACUAUUAUGAACUAUGAUGUUGAUGCAUGAAGUAUGUCUUCAAGGGAACGCCAUCUCCUUUUUCGAGCAGACAAGAUUUCUCCAUGUGUAACACUGUCCACAGAUUCUUUCAUCAAAUUGCACUGUGACUUGUGAUGUAUAUGCUCAACCUGCUUGGAUUUGCCAGCUUUUAAAACAAACCUAUAAGAUGUGGGGAGCGAGGGAACGUAUUUUGAGUUCUUAAAAUGCUAACUUGGUGAGGCUCUGGUCAGACAAAGCUACUCAAAUAGUUGAUCUUUAGACUCAAAAUAAUCCAUCUGCAGUUUGACAUGUUGCUGCUAAAAUGUCAAUUGGCAUUUAACUAUACUUAUCAUGUUGUUUACUCUGCAUUUGAGUGUCUGCUGUUUUGAAAGCGAAUAUUUUGUUUUGGCCUCUUUAAAACUCUCAUUGGGUCUUGAGUACCAGUAAGCAGCUCAGUAUUUAUGAAUGUGUUGCCCUUUCUGAAAUAAAUGUAACUUUCUUAUCCUUUUUAGUUGUGCUUUGCGUUCUUUAUUUCUGGAACUUUUUGAAAAGUCUUUCCUGCAUUCAAAAGUGGGUCAGAGAAGGUUACCGUGAUGCCAUUUUCAUUUUUAAUAAAUAUGGAAACUUUGUCAUGACA